AUGGUUUAUUGUGUAUCUACCCUUAAUCUUAUGGGUCUUAUGGAAUCUUUUGAAGAGAUGGGCUUUAAAUUUAAGGAUAACAAAAAUACAAUAGACCCGGAGAUGUAUAUGGAUGCCCUGAGAAUAGCAUUUAGGGAUAAUGAUAGCAAACCAAGUGAACAUCGUGCAAUAAAGGAAUCUAGUUAUGCAGCUUACAAAGCAGCUUCUGAAAUACCUUCCUUAAAUCGCAAAGAAAUUGAAAAUUCAAAUCCCUUGGAAGAUUGGCCUAAAGAUAUAAUUUUUUUUAUUAGGAUUGCAUCUUUAAUACAUGGUAUAUGCAUUGAAUUGAAUCAAUCCAUUCCGUUCCUAAAGAUUUUGGCUAAUAGAGCUCAACAGUUUUUAUGUAACGAAGGUUCUUCAAGAGUUUUACUAAAUAAUAAAAUAAUAAGAGAAUGUAAUUGCAGUGAGAUACAGAAUUAUUCAUGUGAUAAGGAUAUGGUAAGAUCAAAAACUUUAGGAAACAAAAAAUUAUCUUAUGGUAAAUCAAAAUUUGGAAGACGUCUUGACGACUUUGUAGAAUCAUUAAUUAAAUCAAAAAGCCUGCUUGGAUGUCAAAUAGUCGUAAUUAGUAAAGGGAAAGUAAUAGGUAAUACAUUCAAGGGUAAAAUGGGAUCUAUAGAUGGAAGACAAGUGAGAGAAGAUACAUUAUUUAAUGGAUUUAAUGCAUGUUUAGGUAUAUUAGUUACUGGGAUAUUAUUGUGCGUGGAAAAGCAGCUACUAUCUUUAGAUGAUCCAAUAUGUCACUACUGGGAUGGUUUCAUACGUUAUGGAAAGAGAAAUAUAACUCUUAGACAUAUACUAACACAUAGGUCUGGUAUUCAUGCUUUUUUUCCAGAGAAUUUUAAUUUGACUACUAUGUUUAACUACAAGAAGAUGAUACAAAUAAUUGAAGAUACAAUGCCACAAUAUUUGCCUGAUAAAUCUACUCAUUACAAUCCUUACUUACUGGGUUGGGUUUUGUCAGAGAUUAUAUCAUUAGUGACAAAUACUCCAACUCCAGAAUUCCUUCAAAAUGAAUUAUUUUCACCCCUAAAUUUAGAAAAUGACAUUUUUAUGCCAGUACCCCCAGAAAAUCAAGUUAAAGAAAUUGAGUCAAUUGAGCAUGGAGGAUGUGUAAAUAAUUCAAAUAGAAUGACAGAAUAUAAAGAUAAUCGAGAAGAACCCAAAAUUAGUCUACCCGUAUUUACAGAAGAAGUGAAUUAUAAUUCAAUAAGUUCUAAUACACAAUUUGCAUUAUUUAUGAAGAAUUCUAUUGAUCAAAUUAUUGAACUGGGAAAGAAACAUUUUACUGAUAAAUUUCAAGUUAGAAAUUUUGAUAUUGAUCAACAUAAUAAUGUAAAGAAUAAUUUAGAUGAUGAAAAAACAAAUAAUAUUGAACAAAGUCCAAGCUGCUCAGAAAAAAGUAUGAUGGAGCAAAUAGGAACUGAACAAAUUUCAGCUAAAAAUGAAGCUAUAUAUGACCGAAUUGCAAGUGUAAGUCGUAUUGUAGAGUUCUCCUCAAUUUCACAUGAAGAAGUAUUGAAAAAAUUUUCAAUGGCAACUUGUGCUUUAAAAGGUCAAAUAAAUGAUAGUAAUUACAAUGGUAAAAAUCUGCCAAGUUCCUCCAGAGAUAUCAGGAAGUAUAAAAAAACUUUAACUCAUACACAAACAAGAAAGUUUACACCAUUCGGAAUUUUACAGAUAAAACCACAUGUAAUGGAUCCUCUUGUACAAAAUUCACACAAAGUCAUGAAUAUUUGGAUUCCCCCAACAUGUGGAAAAUUGACUGCAUUAUCUUUAGCUAGAUUUUAUCAUCAUUUGGGAUGUGGUGAUAUUAUUACCCAGGAUAUCCUUAAACAAGCUUCAAUCCCAACCUCAACUGAUCAGACAUUUGAAAGCCUAAUCCUAACUGGAGGUUCAAGUAGGAAGUGGGGAUUUGGAUAUCAGAUUAUAGAAUGUAUCUACGAACCUAAAAAAUAUAAUAUUCACAACUUGAUGUUAAAAUCAAAUUUAGUAGAUAAUUCAAAACUAACACAUGGACAAAUAGUUUGCGGUCUUGGACACGCAGAUAUGGGUGGUAAUAUUGGAUGCACAUUUCCAGAUUUACAAUUAUCACUUGCCUUCUUGACAAAUGACUAUCUUAAAGGUUCAUAUGCUUCACAAUGUAUAUUGCAUUAUGUACUUGAGAAAUUUGGUUUGAGAAUUAUAAAUUAUGUCCCAGUUGUUCCAUAG